GCGCGGCGCCGGCGCGGCCGGAAGGGGCGGGGCGCGUGGGGCGACGCAUUUCCGGCGGGGAGCUGGCGGCUGCCGAGGCAGGGGAGUCGCUGGGGCCGCGGCCGGAGGCGAGUGAUCUUCAGCGAUGUCGUUCAUUUUCGAGUGGCUCUACAACGGCUUCAGCAGCGUGCUGCAGUUCCUAGGUUUGUACAAAAAGUCUGGAAAACUUGUGUUCCUGGGCUUGGAUAAUGCAGGCAAAACCACUCUUCUGCACAUGCUCAAAGAUGACAGGCUGGGUCAGCAUGUCCCUACGCUACAUCCAACAUCAGAGGAGCUGACGAUUGCUGGAAUGACUUUUACAACUUUUGAUCUGGGUGGACAUGAACAAGCUCGCCGGGUCUGGAAGAACUACCUGCCGGCAAUUAAUGGGAUUGUCUUCCUGGUGGACUGUGCGGAUCACUCGCGUCUUAUGGAAUCCAAAGUUGAGCUUAAUGCGCUAAUGACAGAUGAAACAAUAUCCAACGUGCCAAUCCUUAUCUUGGGUAACAAAAUUGACAGACCAGAGGCCAUCAGUGAGGAGAAGCUGCGGGAGAUCUUUGGGCUUUACGGACAGACCACAGGGAAGGGAAACGUGCCACUGAAAGACCUGAACACGCGUCCCAUGGAGGUGUUCAUGUGCAGCGUGCUGAAGAGGCAAGGCUAUGGCGAAGGCUUUCGUUGGCUAUCGCAGUAUAUUGACUGAUACUGGGACAGACGUCGAGUUUUACUCCUCUGGACUGAUCCUGUUCGCAGCUUCUAUGGACUUUUCUAUUAGAACAUGGAAGGCUUUCCAACCACAUACUGGCAUUGACCAAGAGACUCCUGGUUUUCAACUACUCCAUUGCACAGUGGUGACACAACUCUUUUCCACAUGACUGGGAGACAGCACAGCUCUGCACAGGGGUGCAAGUUGUCCCUUUCAGUUGCCGCGGUUUCCUAUGGAAACCGGGGCUUUCGGUUACAAUGGGGCUGGUGUGAUCUGGGAAGCAAAACUCUGCACACUGCACUGUAACAGCUGAAAAAGAGAGCACGUCUCACCACUGUGGUUAAUUGACUUUAAGAAAAAAAAAAAGAGAAAAAAAGAAAGCAAUUAUAUUUUUUAAAGAAAGUGUUACUGUAAACAGCGUCCCUUCUAACUUUUUAGUUUAACAUUCAUCUUGUUUAGUCCAGAGUCUGUUUAGGGUUUUUUAAAAAUAUAUUUAACGGUAUUUAGAUAUUUCGCAAAUUACUGAACAAAGUAUCAUGAUAUUAGAAGUCCUCAAUAAAUAUAGAUUUGGGCUUAACUGAUCUGUAGGAUGGUUGUGCUGUGUCGCACUGGCUGAUCACGAGGAGGGUGCUGUUGGGACUGACUCGUGCAAUCAAGCUUCUUUACUUCACAGGGGACUUUAGCUGGAAGAGAGCACCCGCGAGCACAGCUGUUUGCUGCCGCCUCGCGGUUUUCGGGGUCUGACGGUGGUUACCAGCUGCGGCCCCCUCGAGCGGCGAGCCCGGGGGCCAGGCCACGCGAGAGCAUCCUUCGGUUUCCCUGCAGCAGCGGGCCGGGCUCGCCGGGCUGUCGGUCGGGACGGUGGGGUCUUCUUACUGCAGGGCUCCGCUUUGCUGUGACAGUAAGAAACGGUGAAGCUGUUUUCGGUUGUUGUAGCAUGGAAGUGUUUGACAUUUGCAUAUCAUAUGGUUAUUAAUGUAGACUAAACCAGUUUCUUUUAUACGCGA